UUUGAAUUCUUUUUUUUUCUUCAUUACAUGAAAAAUAUCACCACCACCACCACCAUAUAUUAUCGUGUCAAAAUUCAACGAUUUGCAAAAUGAAAACAAUCAUCAUUGAAUAAUGAUAAAUUCAAUUUUGUUUUGAUUUUACAAAACAAUCAUUCCAUCCAUUUAUUAUCGUGUUCAUUCCUAAAUGAUCCAUUCGAUUUUUUUAUUUACUUAUUUAUUAUUUCUGAUUCCACUAAAAAGAAAAAAAUGUCAUUACCAAACAGAAUCUAUUCUUUAGAUCUUUAAUUUUUUUUUUUUUUUUUUUUGAUAACUUUAUUUACUUUUUUCUUCAAAUCAUCAGUUUUUUUCGUUUAUCGUUAACUGAAAAUUUCCAUAAUGAAAUGCUCAAAUUGUAAUGAAGAUAUUGAUGAUGAUGAUCAGAUUGUCGAAGCAAUCAGUAAUCGUACGAAAAAAUUUUGUCAUCUUCGAUGUUUUCGCUGUAAUAUUUGUCAACAAUCAUUGAUUGCUUGGGAUUUUGAAAAAGAUGGUAUUCUUUAUUGUGCCGAAGAUUAUUAUAAUAAAUUUGGUGAACGUUGUCGCCAUUGUCAUCAUUUCAUGACCGGACCGGUAAUGGUUAUUGGUGGUGAAUAUAAAUUUCAUCCAGAAUGUUUCAAAUGUGAUUGUUGUCAUGCUAUUAUUGGUGAUGAUGAAUCAUAUGCAUAUGUUGAUUGUCAGCAAUUAUUUUGUAAUAAUUGUUUUCAAAAACAAACAUCAUUUGAUCAUCCAAUUGUCAAUAGGCCAUUGAUAAAUGAUGAACAACAACAACAACAACAACAACAAAUCCAGUUAUUACAACAAAAACAUGAUAGCAAUAAUGUGAUUCAAAUGAUUGAUAUUCCACCAUUGUUCAAUAGUAAAAAACGACGAAUUCGUUUAGCAUUCAAGGAUUGUCAACAACAGAAUGGCCAUCAUAGUCAUAUACAUUAUAUUGGUCAUCAUCCUCCAUCAAAUUCGAGAAAAACCGAUUCACUGGUGGCCAUAUCAGAAAUUGAUGUCAAUUAUGAUGAUAAUCAUCUGUUUCAUAUUGCUGAUCGUAUACUAAAAAUUAAUGAUAGCUUUCUUGGUGAUAGUACAACGCCUGAAGAUAUUAAGAAUCUCUUUGAUUUAUAUUCCGAUAAAAUAAUUCGUCUUUAUGUUGAACAUAAUCCUAAUCAUGAUAAAAAAACACAAAAUUCGAUGACAAGAGAGAAAACACCACCAAGUUUAGAAUAUGAUUCUACAGACCAGACAACAAAGACGACAACCACGACAACGAACGGUGUCAUUGACUUUGAUGAUAAUCAGAGCAAACUAGUCGUCAAUUUGUCGACAACUGAGAAUAAAAAUCAUGUCAUGUCAUUCACUAAAAACAAUGAUAAAGACAAUAAAAAUUGUACAAAUAGUAAAUCAAAUUAUGUGACACCUGAUCGACCGAAAAGUCUAUGUCAUCAACGUUCGAAUUUACUGGACAGUAGUUCGAAUGAUCACGUUUCGAAUAUUGAUUCUGGUUCAAAUUUGAAUGAAAUAACGAAUAAAUCUAAAUUUACAUCGGCCGGUCAAUCUUCUAGUAGUAGUAGUAGUAGUAUUAGUAGAUCAUCGGAUAAACGAUAUCGUAAUCGUGAACGUUCAUCAUCAUUAUCACGUUUACUUGAAGCAAUUAGCCUAAGUUCAGAUUGUGGUAAAUGUAAUAAUGGAAAUACGGCCACUGUUAGUGUUGGUAGCAGCGGCGGCGGCGGUGGUCUCGGCAACGAUACUUGUGAUAAUUUGCCAACUAUUAUUCCAAAUAAUUUUUCCAAUAAAAAUAAUCAACAAAAUUCACAAUCAUAUUUUACAUCAUCUCGUAAUGGUUUAACAUUAGCAUCUCGAUUGAAUAAUCCAUUAUCAAGAACUAAGUCAUUUCGUGUUGAACCAAAAAGUUAUAGAAUAUUUCGUGCUGCCGAUCUAGUCAAAGGAGCUUUACUUGGUAAAGGUUUCUAUGGUGAAGUAUUUGAAGUGACCGAUAAAGUGACCAAAGAAAAGAUGGUCAUCAAAGAAUUAUAUCAUAAUGAUCGUGAAGCUGAAACGAAUUUUGUUCGUGAAGUUUCUAUCCUGAAAUCUUUGAAUCACAAAAAUGUUUUACAUUUUAUUGGAAUUUUGUAUCGUGGAAAAAAAUUAAAUCUUAUAACUGAAUAUAUAACGGGAGGAACACUACGACAAUUGAUUCAAGACGAGAAACGUUCAAUUUAUUGGCCCGAACGAAUUGGUUGGGCUCGAGAUAUUGCUUCCGGUGUUAAUUAUUUACAUUCAAUGAAUCUAAUACAUCGUGAUCUUAAUUCACAAAAUUGUCUAGUACGUGAAGAUGGAACUGUUGUUGUAGCUGAUUUUGGUCUUUCAAAAAUAACCUGUACGAAUGAUGAUGAAACCACCACCACCAUCACCACCACCACCACCAACAAUAAUGAUGACAAACAACUUCUCGUUUCCAACAAUAAUAAUAAUAAUAACAGUAACGAAGAAUCAUUCAGUGAAAAACAGACACAAAAAUUAAAUCGUCGUCGUGAUCGCCGUAAACGUUAUACUAUUGUUGGCCAUCCAUUCUGGAUGGCACCAGAAAUGAUGCAUCGAGAUAAAUAUGAUGAACGUGUUGAUAUCUAUUCAUUUGGAAUUAUUUUACUCGAGAUUAUUGGCUCUGUAAAUGCCGAUCCUGAUGUUUUAAAACGAAAUCGAGAUUUUAGUGUGGAUAAAAAAUAUUUUUUCGAUACAUAUGUUAAUAAAUCCUGUCCAGAAGUAUUCUGGAGGAUUGCUUUUCUUUGCACUGAAUUAAAUCCUGAUAUGCGACCAUCUUCACAGGUUUUGGAACGUUGGUUUCAAUUAUUAUAUACAGCUGUUAAUAAUCAACAAACAAACAACAAUCAUUCAAUAAUUCAUGGAUCAUCAUCAUCACCAGAUUGUGGUCUAAUUAAUACUAGCAAUAAUAAUAAUAAUAAUGAAACAAAAAAAUUCACAUUAGAUGAAUUAGCAAAAGAAGUAUCCAAUUAUAAUCGAUAUGAAACGUUGAACAUGAAUCAUCAACAGCAGCAACAACAACAACAAUCGAUAUCGGCUAGUAAUAGUGGCCAAUCAACAAGAAUCAGUACAAAUCUAUGAUGAUGAUGAUGAUGAAUAUUAUUAUUGUUCCGUAUAUAUGAUCUCUUCUUCUUCUUCACAUACACUAAAU